AUGGAGAACUGGAAGUACUUUGCCAUCUUUAUCGUCCUCGUGCUCAGCUUCACACCCUGUUCUGCCUCAAAAAACCCAUGUUGGUGGGUGCUAGAUGUAGUGAAUAAAGAAAAUCCUGUAGAGCCGACGCCUGUUGUUAUUCCAGGUGGACAGUAUUUGUUGAUGAUUCGAAUUAAGUGCGACAACAUGGUGAGAAUCUUGAUUUUCAAUCUAUUGGUUAAUUCUUGACAAACUUCUCAUGUUUUCUUUUAAACCGCGAUGACACCCCUCGAAAUGUCAUUUUGAUAGAAUUAAGCUAAGAAUAUAUAAAUAAUUCUAAGGGAAACUUAAUAGAUAUAUUUUCAAUGCCCCUAGGGCGCCAUCAUCACCAGGUUAGGGUCGCCUCUACAAAACUUCCUGAAAAUGGAAGGAAAUCGUAACGCAUUAACCCCAUUCAUCAUUUUUGACACUCUUUCUGGGAGCAGCCAGAGGUGAAAGAAAAAAGCAUUUCUCCAUGCAAGUGGACCCUGAUAUUUUAUCGGAUUGGAAUUUUUUUCCUUAUUUUUUUUUUACUGAAUUUUAGCCCCACAAUUGAUCAUUGAAGCAACUGGAGAAAUCAACAUAGUAAUAAUCACUUGAUUCAUUAAACUUUUAAUCCCUUGGAGUGACUGGCUUCUAAUUUCUCCAUACAUUACCCCUUUUGAAUCAAAUGCAAAGCUCAGGAGAAUAAAGGAAAUAAUCACUGAUAUAAGAAUACCUUGAUUGUUAAACAAAUUCUCCUUGUCAGUCCUUUGGAAAUGUAUCAGGAGCAGUGUGGAGGAAAUGAAUACUGAUGUUAAGGUGUAAAGAGUUAUGGCAAAAUGGAUUAAGCGAUCAUAUUGGAUUAAAUUAUUCCUCUUUUUCUUUAUUGUACUCUAGUGAGUAUUUCACUAAGGAAGGAAAUAAAAUUUCUUACUUAAUUAAUUUAAUUUCUUACUUAAUUAGCAUUAGUGCUAUUUUUGGUUUGCAUUAAUUUUUUCCUCCAUACAGAUUGACUCCAAGAUGGUGAGGUCAUUGAUAAUGACAGGUGUCAAUCCCACUGUUCGCAUUGAAACAGAACCAUUUGGCCCAAGCCAGCAUAAAGCCAGGAGAUUUUCAUUCUUGAUAUCAUCAUUGUUGGUAGAAAUGGGAGAACAAGACACUUGUGGAUGUUACUUCAUCAAUAGAACCAAAAACAAUGACAGGUGCCUCCAAAACUACAUGUAAUAGUAAUAGUACUACUCAUUCAUUAUUAUCUUCAUUACUUUUUUAAAUAAAUCUUCCACCCUGGAAUGCAAAUUCAAGGGCUGCAGGUACAGCUGUCAAUAACUUCUAGAGCAGCUAUUAAAGUUACUUUGGAGAUAUAACCCAUAGCAGUGCAAUACAUGGCCAAGUGCAUGGUGACAGCAAGCAAGGCAAGAUAAAGUGAGCUCAGCCCUGACAGGUGUUAUGGGUUACAGUCCUUACUGGCAGUCUUGGCACAGAUAGUGGUAACCUGAAUAUUUUCAAAUUCCACAUGAGGCUCUUAUGGUUAAGAUUAAUGCCCAAUUCCAAAAGUAUGAUUUAGGGGCUUGUUUUCACCUGGGAAGUGUGUUUAUCAUGAUACCUCUGGCUGCUCAGAGAAAAAGAGAAUUCAGAGAGAAUGUGUAUUAAGAAACAACCCAAUAAUGUGUAUUUUUUUCUUUAAUUUUUGUACAUUUAUCCUGUUGAUUGAUUUUAGAGCUUACUUGCCUGCUAGAUCGAUUGACAGAUUGACUAAAUAAGUUUAAUUAUUGACUUGUGUUGUUGCAUUCAGGACAUACAAAGGUCUCAAAUUGAGAUCACUGUCUCUAAAGGAUUAAAUGUCUGUUAUUCUGCCUGAAAGGUUGAAAAUACAGUUAAUAAUGAAGACAAAAAAAAGAAUCAAAGUAUGAAGUGCUGUAGACUGGCCUAUUGUGGCAGUCUGGCAGCACUUAUUUACAUAAGCCAUAAAUAACUGCUACAUUGCAUUCCAGGUUAAGCCAAUGCAGUUGUGAUGGUGCUCUGCCUAGUUGUUUGUACUCAAAGGAUGUUCAGCUAGUAGAAGCUGGAGUUGAAUGCUGCAAAGUUGAAACUAAUUGUUCAAGUUUCAUAGAACUGUGUAACCCAGCCUGGCUAGUUCCUCUUCACAUCCCUGAAAUGGUACUCACUAUGCACUGUGAGGUUGUCUACAGUGGCAUAGGACCAUACUUAGAAUCUCACAGGUGGGGAAAUAGUUUUACUGCUAAAUAAUUUCUUAAUACAAUCAACUGCUGUUUUAUAACCAACGUGACCAGCUAUCUUAUUUUUCUAUGGAAAUAAAAAAAGAAUUUCCAUUUUAAAAGAGUUUAAUCCCCAAGUGGAUUUGGAACACCAAUAAGGGCAACUCUUCAUUUUUUGGAACACCAAUACGGCUGCUGUGAUAUCAAGUGAAAACACUCUAGCUAAAGACACAUCUAUGGGCUGGAAUUCUUUUUAAAUUGGGCUCUUGGUUUUUUUGGUCAUUUGUUUACAACUUACUAAAUAAAUUACUUUAAUUUGAUUACCUCUCAAUGACCCUUGUUUGGUGGCUAAGCUUGAAGGGCCUUUUGCAGGAGCUACUGCCAACUGACUUGAACUAAAACUAAUUUUUCUAUUUUCAUACUCAACUAAAAACAACUUGAAUUUAUAUGAACUGCUGUCCUCUCAGCCACUUCAAAAGGUAAAGGUUUUUUUGAUCAUAUUUAACCUUUUCAUAGGUACCUAGCAGUUACUUUCUUUCCUUCCAUUUUCUCUCUUCUUUAUCAGAUGGGGAUAUUAGGAAUAUUUUAAAUUCUCCAAGAAAUUGAAGUUGGCAGUUAUCUUAUAUCUCACACUAGGCUAACUGUACAUCUGGAUGGAUUUCACUACCUUGUCAACAACACAAGACUCCGCAACAGUCUUGGAGAGGAGGCACAGCUACCAUCAAUUUCCCAGCAAAUGCCAAUCAACUGUGUCCCACACCUGAGUCCCAUUUGUGUCACUGGAUCCAUAGAAAUGUCCAACCAUGUCAUCUAUACAGCUUCUGAAUUUGAAAAGAUGACAUUUUUAAAGAUCAAAGUGAGUGUAAACUUAAAACACUUUAAUACUCUUCAAUUCACUUACAGUUAUAACAGUGCCUGAUUUUCAUAACAGUGUGAGAUGUUUCAUCUAGGCAAUUUUAUGAAAAAAAAGUGUGUUAUAAUUGUACAAAGUGUAGUUUGAAUUAAAAUAAGCUGAGAUAAUUACAUACAUUAUGAUUCUGAUUUACAAAUUACCCAAGAUUAAUCCUUUAACUCCCAGAAGGGAUUCACAUUCAAUUUCUCCCUCCAAUAUCCGUACAUUAUCCAGCAAGCGGGUAAUAAGAAUACUCAGACCAUCCAGGUUUAAGUCGUUAUCUUGAUCUAACACCAAAUUCUUGUAGCUAUUUUACAGGGAAAUGUGUAGUAGAUAGAGGGGAGAAUUAACAAUCAGAUCCUUGGGAGUUAGAGGGUUAAUAUAAAAGUCACAAGGUAUAAACAGAGUCAAUGUAACCAAAUUUGUUCCGUGGAAAGCAUUUAAAUUAAGAAGAAUUCUGCAACAAGAUUUUUCUUUUGCACUGCAUAUUGUGGACUGUAGUAAGGCUUACAUGGCAGAAAUGAAUUUUGCUUCAUUGUUGUCAGGAACAUAUGAACCUUCAGGUUUUCUUUCUGUUUCUGGUUAUAGAGGAGAUAAGUUCUGAGUCCAUUUUAUUGUAUCUCUCAUUAGUUUGGAGACACAUUCAAUAAUAGAUGUGUAUCAAGACAGUCUGAGAAGCUGCUGAAGAUUAAGGGAGCACUGUCACUUCCAGACAGAGUUCUUGUGAAUACUGGUGUAAGAAUGAAUAUUUUUUACUUUUUAAUAUUUUUUUAUAGUAAAAGUAUAGCAACUAAUAUAAUAUGACAAUUAUAUUGCUAUAAAAAAGGUCAUGAUCUAAAAACCAGCCAUUUCUAUGAUAAAAGAGCCAUAUGUACUCUCUCAUUUGCAGAUGAAAGAUGAAAUUUAUACAUUUUUUAGGUAAUUGUACUUAAUUAAAAUGAAAUUUUAGGGCAAAAGAGGGGUAAGGAAUAAGAUAUACUGAUUUUUCAUCUAAAGGCUGGUAUAUUUGAGCUGCAAGCAAAUCACCAAAAAAAUCCUGCUGAUGUCACAUGUAAGUAUGUUGUUAUUGAGUAUUUUAAUGUGCAAUAUUUCUGUAUCUUUGAGUUUUUUUUUUUCCCUUUUACCUCCACCUCAUUAAUCUCAACCUUAUUUUGACCUGCAUUGACAUUUUUGGAUAAUCCGAUGAAAUCUGUGCAGCAAAACUUGUGUCGCACUACUGCAGUGCAGUAACCCAUCACACUUUCUACACCCUUACCAGUAGCACUGUAGAGAAAACUGGAGGCCAGACACAAGCAACCUUCAAGUUUUCUCGAAAUAUUUCAUUAUCUUUUUUGCUUGAAAUAUUACUAUAUUGCAGAAUAUUAUGAUCAUGUCCAGGUAGAGUAGUUAAGAGGAAGACUGAUAAAAACUAUUUUUAGUUUCUUUGACUGAUGCUUUAAUCAGUGGGAUGAUAAUUAUCAUAAUUAUCAAUGAGAACCUCUCCACCGGCUGUCGAAGCUUGUCUCUGUUAUGGUCAAAUGUUCUUUGUAAACCUUCCCCUACUGAAUGUAUCCUACUAAUUCACAAGCUGAUGUUAAUUCAUUAGGCUCAUACCACUUACUUUACAAUUAGAAACUUGACUGUAUGAUUACAUUUUAGCAGCAGAUGGUUUUACGCUUGUAUUGGAUGCUUGCAUUAGUCAAAUGAUUGGUCCAGUUCAGUCAUCAAUCCAUACAGUGACAGUAUUGGGUUUUGGGGAUGAACAGGACAAAGAGAGAGUCUUCAUGGCAGUGCUGCAGAAAGGUUACCUCACUACGGCCUUUAACACAUCAAAAUUUUAUAAAUAAUUUCUGACUAGCGAACCAUUCGUGUCAUCUACGCCGGGGUCUUUUGAUGAAAAACGUGUCUAUGCUUGUGUAGUUUUUUAUUUAAUCAGCUAUUAUUAAUUUUUGUGUCUAAUUUAGGCAAACCUACAAACUUUACGGAGCAGAGGGAUUCAAGUGGUAAAAAUGUCUGCCAAUUCGUAAAUACUCUUCUUGACAAUGCAGGUAAAAGAUAACUGUGCUUCACUGCGUUGAUGCCUAAAUAAGUCGUAGACUUCCUAACUGUAACACUGGAUAAGUUGAGACGGCUGGGUCUAAUUGGGAUUUAUCUAUCCAAUUUCCGACGACUCGUCCGAUCCGAAAUGAUUCCGUUCAAUUGUGGACGAGUACCAUUACAUCGGACGGUUCCGUUCGAUAUUGGACUCAUUCGUCUGAUAUUAGACGGUGUCGUCCAUUUUCAGAUGAUUCUGACCAUAUGUCAUUGCAUAUGACAUUACGAGCAGUUAAUCUGUAACUUUUGCGUCUGGUUCUGGGCGUUUUAUGUGACGGGUAACUUUAUAAUCAUGUCCGAAGGACGUCUUGAGAAUCAAAUAUCGAGGAUUGUUGAUUGAAAACUGACUUUUAAAAUUGCAUCGUAAAGUGACAAGUGAAUUUAAGUACUAUGUCUUUUUCAGUUUGUUUUGUUAAUUUUUUUUGUUUAGCAAGUUAUUCGUGUCAAGUGAUUUCAGGCAGCAUUAAUGGUGUGAAGACGGGAUCAUUUGUUGUUCUUGUAAUGCUUAAGACUGCUUAUACAGAAACAUUUCAUGUCCUGCAGUUUGAAAGUAAGUAUAUAAAGGUUAAAAUUACGUUUGAUACUUGCAAUAUUGGCGCAGUUUUACGGGGGAACAUUCCAGAGGCAUCUAGUUGUUCUCUAGCUUAAAACAAUUUUAAAUGAAAACGAAAGUCCCUGUAGAUGAGAUGCUCAUUCUGAUUUUUUGUCAAUUUUUUCUCAUUAUAUUCUGGUAAUUAGUCUACAUUUCUUUAUUCAUUUCACGGGAGGAAAUUUUUUACUGAAUUCAAAAUAGGCAACGGCCUGUCACCACACUCGUUUUAUGAGGAGGUUAGGUUUACGUUACCAGAGAGCUCUGACAGUAAAGAAAGAAUCCCUACUUUGGUAAUGUCCGAGCACUAGUUACUUCUAAAAUUAUGCUCUUUAAGCACUACUACCAGAUGACUUAUUAUUCCAAUGAUCAAACUCUAACUUCGUCAAACAUCUUCCCUGGUAAUUUAUCUACACAGUGCAUUGUGUAUCUACAGUCUCUUCAACCCUGCAAUUUCGAAUCCUGAUUUUGCAUUAAGGGAAGUAACACAGAUCCGACGCAUUUGUUAUGACUCCUUCCUACGGAAUCAGGGCCUCACUUUUCAAAUGAGUCGCAGAACCAGGCGUUUGAAAUCAUGAUAACCAUCUCUUAUGAUAACCUUUGCUUUUACAAUCGUUUUCCUGUUUGUUUUGUGUGCCAGGUUUGUUUAUCUCGUUAUGGUUUAUUUAUUUUUUUUGGCACAUUUGUUUUUUCGUUUGCGUUGUGAUACAGCAGAUUCCAUGGAAUGGAAAGCACUUUUUCACUUCCCUACAUCGCUUGAGUCUCUUGCGGAAACGGGUGAGUUCAUCAAGUUUGUACGAAAUGAACUGGCGUAACAGCUAUGUGCUUUCGUUUAGGGGGGGAGGGGUUGGGGAGGGAGUACCAAUGGGCCAAUUUUCAAUUUAGUGAUGAAAAUAAUCCGGGAUUGCAUUCGCUCUGUGACUGGUCCAGAAAACGCGCACCAUUCUCUCAACCAAUCGGAUGCAAACCUAAAACCGAUCACGACUUGAUUUUUCGUGUGUUCCCGCACUCGAGGCAUUACGGUUGGGUUAUUGUUGUUUUUCAAUGUUUAUUUUGGCUUCUAUAGAACUGAAAGCUGUCAUGAAUCGACAACAACAGUAAGCUUCACAGUAUUUAAGUGUGUCAGUAUGCAUCAGUGCACUGUGCUGAAUGAAGUAAGAUCAUUUUUAUGAAGCCAACUUUGUUUCUUUCCAGAAAGUGAAAAUUGGCAGAGAAUCGAAUCCAAUUUAACCGCUGAAGGUUCUGAGGCUGCCUCCCUGUCACUUACAGGCAUUUCGUUCACUGCAAUCGCUUGUGACAGAUUAUUUAUUUGGGGAAAUGCUCUAUUUUUCAGGUAUCUUUGAUAUUACUUUUAGUCCGCGAUUACUGAUUAAUCUAUAACCAUCAAACUUCCUGGGAUGAAGAAGGAAAGAGCUGUGGCAAAUAAUGAAAACAAUAGCGAAACUUCGGUGUAAUAUAUUAUUAUUAUUAUCAUUAUCACCAUAUAAAUCAUAACCACCAUCAUUGCUAUAACCACUAGUAAUGUAAUUGCUUUUGAUUUUUAUACUCUUGUUAUUAAUAUCAUUGAAUGUGUUGGUGUUUUUGUUCUUUUUCUAUAUUUUAAUUAUUUAGUCAACUGCGACCUAGACUUAACUCUUUAAAAGGUUAGGCACCAGAGGAAACCGUGAUUCUCUGUGGUCAAAGAUUUGAAAGUGUGUUUCAAAUAUUUUCCAGUCCAGACAGCGGGAUUACAGUUCAUUGGCUGAUAUCCUUUUCUGGCAAUUCCACUAUAACUGUGUUCACGACAUCUCUUUUCGAUGGAACUUUUGCAUUCCUUACAGACAGCCAUGAGGUGAGAUUCGAUCAGCAUAGCCUCAUCUCAUGUUCUGAUUUAUCGAGCCGGGGUUACUUCCCAAAAAGGUGAAAGGAUUUUUUUAAGUUCCAGUCAUCUGCUUUAAAAAACUGUUCAUCCCCCUAUCAACCUUUUAAAUCAUAAAAGUGACCAGCGUCUAAAUUCUCCUGAAAGUGCCACUGGUGAAUCAAUCCCUGAGGUGAUUCCUCACUAUUGCAUUGUGCAUCCAGCUACUUCAAAAUGUGGCGUGAACCGAUUAAAUAACGCGCAUGUUCAGUUUCAGAACAGGAAUUAAUGGGGAGAGUUUGGCUUAUCAUAUCACUCAAACAAGCACGGUGAUCUAUCUUUUAAAAUGUAUGUCUCGAAGCAGUCAUUUGCAGCAAACAUUUAAGUAAAUUCAAAAAAAAAUUUCCAUAACUUUUUUUUGUCUGAGGUAGCACGUCAAGGUCAUGCGAAUAAAAGGAAUGAUUGCCAAUCUAAGAAGCUUUCAGAGUUAAACUAGUUUGCCUGGUCAGUUACAAAGGCAAUUUAAAGCAAAGAUAUGGUAGAUAUGGAGAAUAUGAAUUCUGAUGUUGGGGUGAAAGGGCUAACAGCGAUAUGGCAAGUGUUUAUCUUUUUGUCAUUUGCUUCUGGGCGUCUGUACAUUAGAAUUGUUAAGAUGAGUCACAUGUACACAAGUAGUAAAACUUUCCUUCUGAUUCGUUACAAUCAUAGCUGUGGGUUGGUCAGCUUGGCUCGCCAAUUGUCCAGCGGCUUCACAGCAGCGUAGGAACCAAGGGGCUAACUCCAGAUUUCCACGGCCAAAAUAAUUCAUUUGUUGUAUCGAUAUUCUUUGACUCGUCUGGGAGGUUACAGCAGGUCAGUGCUCAGCGCAUAAGGGUCACGUUUGACAAGUUAGUAUGUGAGUGAAUUUAUGUACAGUUGUAUAGGUUUAAUGGGUGGUAAAAAAAGAUCCAAUGAGUGCGUGAGGUUUCUGUAAAAAAUAAGAAAGAUAUCAGUGAUAUUAACUUAAUUCCCAAUAGCUCUCUGGUGUUUUACUAUUUUGAAGGUGACUCAGCCUCUAAAAUUGACAGCAAAUGAUUUAUCAUGUUGAAUGAAGUUUUACUUUUAAUACUAGAAAGAGCUCAUGAUAAUCAAAUCCGCAGAAGGUCUGCAAGGACUAGAAAAUAUUGAAGUUCUCCAGACUUUACUUUAUAUCUUUAGCGGAAAAGCACAAGGAUAUUAACCUUGUGUAGCUAGCCUUUUGUUAUUUACCUUGAUACUAAAAGACACAAGUAAACAAAUUUUGAGUUUGAUUGUCGAACAGAGAACGAUGUUUAGUACUGAUUUGAUUUGACAGAUUGUUGCUGAUAAAGGCAGUGAUGGACAUGAAACAAUGUGUAUCUUUCUGAAAGAGAUCCUACUUGGCCAAACCAUAUCUAGGCAGUUAUACUCUCAAACACGAGAGGAAAAUAUUCAAAAGUAUAAAAAAUCCAAGACCUAUUCAGCAUUCUGCCUCAAAAAAGCAUACGUCGAUCUGAAGCAGCUCAACAGUGUUGUACGCACAUGUCCUUUCUCGCGCAUCACAUUUGAAGCCAAACACGACGUGCUUUAUACAAGGAAAUGUUUUUACAAAUUUGAGCCGGCUGUCUACAACGCCAGCGAAGUAAUUCAGAACAAUACCAUACUUCGUGAAUUUUUCUCUGAAGUAGAAAAGGCUGUGAAUUCAGACUGCACUGGUAUUAGUCAAGAAGAGGCACUGGAUAUCAAGGACGUUUUGCCAGAUUUGAUUCAUCUUGGGCGAUCGGAGUGGUACUCGUUUGUGUUUUAUCUUUAUUUGGAGAAUGAAUUUCAAGUAGGUGAGCUGUGAUCUGGGCAAAAUAAGGAAGUGAAGGGAAACAAACGUCAGCUGAGAUAUGCCCGUCUUAAAUGGACGGGAAAGGACGUAUUCCCAGUUGUGUACCACAUGAAUAUCUUCCUCUUUCGAAGUUGUUUCUUCUCCACGCUUUCUGCCUUUUUGCUGCCCUCACUCAGUUCGUGACAUCGAGAUUAGGCCUCAUGCGAACGAAAAUACUCUUGUUCGAGAGAUAUCUGUAGAUAACCGUAGUGAGACUGAUCUAGCCUCUCUCGCUCUGUGUUCACUCGUUUUCUCUCUCUCUCUCUCUUUGCUUUUUCAAUUCAAAUUUUCUAGUGCCAAAUCAAUUUUAGAGUGAUUUCAUUAAGCGUCUAAAAAUAAGAUUUCCAGUGGGUGCUAAAUAGUCCAAACUAAAAGGAAAAAAAUAGAAAACAGAAUGAACAGAAAUUUCCCGGAUUGGCGAUUUCUUCUGCUGAGUAGGUUUGAUCUAGCCGGUAUUGAAAAUUUUCAAGGAAGGAAACUUAAUGUUUGGUAGUUUAAUUUUUCUUGGUAGUAGCAGCAGUUAAGAAAAAGGAGUGGUUUAGCUCUAGAAUGUUAAACUUAGUCUCAGUCUCAGAAUGUUAUCGCAACUUAAACGACUCACCAAAAUCAAAAUAUCUUUGUUACACAGACACUAGUUCACAUUCUUGGAGUCUCGAUCAUCUCCACGCCUCGUUACACCUCUCAGACGCUACCAUUUUAAAUGUGACUUCUCGAAGAUCAGAACUCAUCCCUCAAAAAGCCGUUAGAUAUGAGGUAAGAGUCGAAUAGAUAGAUGACCAUGUGGUGAAGUGUUGUCAUGUUCGCGAAUAGACUAGUUGAAGUCGAUCUCGGAUUAAACAUGAAUUUUGCUUCACAAUGACGACAGAGUUGGAUCAUUUUAUGGUUGGUGCUUAUUUCAUGCGAAUGUUGAAUUAACUUUGAUAUUAUAAUCGUAAACGUAAUCAUAAUUUCCCUUACCAUUGUUAAUGAAAUUAUCAUCAUCAUUUUCACUAUCAUCAUUUUUACCAUGCAUAGCCUGUGGCUCGAACGUCGGAAGUUUAUACUGACUUUGUAUCCUUGCGUCGCAAGAGAAAUGAAACGGUAAACCGUUUUAAAACAAGUUGAUGACUAAACGUACUUUUCCUAACCACACGACAAUAUUCUGUUAACUAAACGCAACAAGAUCGCACACUAAGUUUACUGCGUCUACAAACCAAGGCAAUUUUUUUCUAGCGUAUGAGUGCAAUUUCUCUUAUAAGAGCAUGUUUUCAUAGAGCAAGACCCCAAGUCGGGGUUGUAGGGUACGUGCAAAUGAUAUGAUUAAAUUUGGUAAAUACAUUCAGAGAGAUGAUGACAUAAUUUUGAUUUCAGCCAUAGAAUAGAAGAGAGUAUGGUAUGAAGAAGAGUUCUCAAGAAGGAUUCGAGCCGCAGACAUUUGGAUUUUGUAGUCCCACAAACUACCAAAAGUAGAUACUUACCACUAAUAAAUUUAUUUAACUACUUAUCCCAAUCACGUAGGUGACAGUGCAGGAUUCAGGGUUUAAACUUCCACAAUUCUGCCCAGGCGAGAGACUCACUCCAGCAUCUUUACAUAUUCAGGUAAAUAAAAACCAUUUAGCAAGGAGCUAAGAGCAAGUGAAAAACGCGUUGGUCUAGUGAUUAGCGCGCUAGACUCCAGAUAGGAUGUUCUGGUUGGUGUUUAGGUUCUUGGGCAGGAAAGUUUAUUUUCCCAGCGCGUCUUUCUACUCAGGAGUACAGGAAUAAAUGCUUACUGGCAACGUGGCAGUGGGAAGUUGUAUUGCUCUCAGUGCAGUCACCGUGGAAGCUGGAAUCGAUUUUAAAAAUGCGUUGACCAAGCGAUUAACCUGUUAGAUAGGAAGUUUUGGGUUGUGUUAUGGUUCUUGGGCAUGAUAUUUUCACAGUGGUUUUUUGCACCCAAGAGUACAGGAAGUUGUAAUACUCUAAGUGGAGUCAAUGUGGAAACUGGCGCAAAUUAUAAGCGGUUAUCGCGCGCAUUAGUGUGACUCAACAUACAGACCAUUCAUUAAAUCUUUAUCCUGGUCAUCUGGUGACAGAAUAUUUCAUUGAAAAGCUCGUUUUUUUGCGGACGUUUCGAAGCGCACUCCGUACGCAAACAGAACUGCGAGCCAAACAGACCAUAAAAUGAAGUUGAUUUCUCUAUUUUCAGAAGUCCAUCGCCUAUCUAAGUUUGUCAUCGUCUUUUUCAGAUCUGGAAUUCUGGUCUGUCUUGUAGCACCAAUUCUGGUAGUAGGGGAUCCAUUCAGGUAAUGACCAUAAAAUUUCCUGACAAGAAAUAGGAUAACGUGAAAUAGUCGGGCGAGAUCGCCGCAGAAGGAAUUCCUAGAGAUGCCUGUCUCACAGUGGCCUUCGUUUUCGGUCCCCACUCCAAAUAACAAGUCAUAAUACGUGGCCACCGUCAAGAGUGAAAAAGCUGACGUUUCGGGCGUUAGCCCUUCGUCAGAGCGAUUGGAGGAAUUGUUGGUUGAGUGUGGGUUUAUAUGCCGAAAUUGAAGCGACGCUAUUGGUGGGAAUAUGGUAACGAGAAAACAAGAAUAAAUUAGUUGAAUAAAAAGCGGAAAGAUAUUACCAGUCUCUGAGACUGGUAUUAUCAGAGUCUGGUACUAUCUUUUCGCAACCUCCGCUAAUUUCAUGCAAACGUAACAAAAACGUAGGCGACAUUUUGGUUAGAAGUUCAUUUUAAACCAUUGACCAACCAGGAACUUUCAAAUACGCUCGCUCACAAUGUAAAUCUUGUCCUUUCAUUCGUAGCGAUGAGAAAAUUUUGGGACCCAAGAGAUUCAUUAAGAUCACUGAUCACUUCGGGUGCACCUUCCUGGCUGAAACGGGAAGACGACUAGGCGACGAUUCCGAGAACACCUUCGCGACGUAGAAAGAAAUGACAAGGACGCAUCCAAACCAGUCGCUAGACACUUAAAUCUCCCUAAUCGUUCUAAGAAGCAUAUGGCAGGUUGCGGCCUUUUCCCACAUCUAGGCAGUCCGGAAAGUGCAAAACUCAAGAACAAAAAUUUACCUUUCAAAUCGGCACUCUUAGUCCCCACGGUAUCAACGAGCGCUUUUCAUUCAACAAAGUUAUUCUUGUUUUCUCAACAACAAACCAAAAUUCCUCCAAUCGCUCUGUCGAAGGGCCAACGCUCGAAACGUCAGUCUUUUAAUUCUUUACGGUGGCCAAUUUACGUUAUCAACUAAGUUAAUUAUACAAAAUUACCCCGUUAUACGAGGUGUUGAUGCAGGCCGUGUCUAAAACCGCAUCCUUGCCUAUUGAAUUAAGAUGGGCACUACGGUACCUCCUCAGCUCCAGACUAACAUUUAUCUAGCAUCUUACCUCUCUCUUAAAACUUGCUUACACUGAUCUCUUGUUAAGGGCUCCUACGUGAUGACUGUGCUCCUCGGGUGUCCCGCGGGUCGGAAGAUUUACUUUGAUCCUGAGGCCUCAAAAAACUCUUCGAGUAAAAAGCACUAUUGUUCUGCCGUUCACGGGAUUCCAUGCUUUUAUUUUUACCGAGGUAAGGUUACAAAUGUUGGCAUUCAAUUUUAGCCAACUUUGUAUUUUCGUGAAUUUUCCAUCUCGCUUUGAGUUGUUUGAUGCUCUGGGCCCAGUUCUUCGAAGGCCGAUUAGCGCUAGCCCACUGUUAAAUUUUAAUCUAGGUUUCUAUAUUUCUCUGUUCAAAAACUGUUUGAGGACAAUUUUCUUCAUUUAUUUUUAGAGCAUUCAAUCAACAAAUUGAGGACAAAGAGAUUUAAGCUGAAUUUUUUUUUUCAAGCUUUCAGAUCUUAUAUAAAAUUUUAUACUAACCCUGGGUUAUCUUAACCCAGCUUUGAACAACCCGGCCCCGAGCUCUAAACGCACCUGAGACACAAGUUAUAUUAUAUAAUCUCAUUCAUGCAGUUGAUUUACUAGACCAUAAAACUUGAAAGGUAAGUAUUUUUAUUGAAACUGAAAUUAAUUCCAAUGAUGAAAUGACCUUUGCAGUAAAUUCUGAAAAUUUGAAUCGCCUUUAGAAACCUGAAAUAGAAACUCAUUCUUAGCAAGCGCGAGCCACAUUUUCCUAAUUCAAUGCAAAGGUCAUUCAAUCGUUGAUUUAAUUGUAUCGCUCCAUUCCCAAACAUUUGAUUCAUUUCCAAUUAAGAUACAUUACUUUAUCUAAGACAACAUCAUAUAGAUUACAAGGAUUUCUGGUGCUUGCUUGCAUUUCUUAUUUAAUAUUUUCAGAAGAGACUGAUGAAUGCUUUCUCAAUGGCAGAUUUUUCACCAGUGUUUAGAGUAUUAGACUUAGCCACAGGUCAGGUUAACCAGUUCUAUGGAAAAUAUUAUCUAAAAAUUGUGGGAGGAGGACCAACCUAUCAGUCAAUAACAGAUUACUCACAAGAGGAACAGACUAUGUAUAACUACCAAACAACAAGGUAUCUGCGGUCAUUUUCACGCAAUCAAAAAUUCAAAUAUUUAUCAAGGGGCUUCCUAGUAGGUGGCGAGUGUCAUUAAUUGUAAAGAGCAGUGUUAGACUAAGUGUGGUGAAUCAAAAACCAACAUUGUAACAGCAAAUCAUAAUAAAGAACGAUACCACCUGCAACGGGGGGCGGGAGUGGUGCAGUCGGGACAGCUCUCAUCCCCCACCGCUGUGGAAAACACGCGUGAAAAACACUAAUGGCCGAAUUCUGAUUGGGUUUAGUCUUGUAACAGGAUAGCUCGAGAUCACGUAACCUACCUCAUGAUUUAGUUAAGCAAGACCAACAGAGUCCCGGAUUAUUUUGGACGCACCACUGGAAAUUGCUCUCUAUUUAUACCGGUUACUUUAUUGCCUGUCUUCGUGCAUUGUAGAUAUAAGUUGCUCCAAUAUUGCAAGACUUCUUGAUCGCAUGUCUUUUGUAGCUCCAUGGCAUCUUUGAUCUGGGCAUCUAAAUUAAAGACGCUGGGAGAUAUUCCCGUUUUUGAUAGCAAGACAAAUGGUAUAAGGUUAGUGAGCUGAGUUAUGAUAAACGUGCGAUAAUCUUCCGUCGGUAUGUCCAGGUUACCAAAGCAGUAACAGUGCUAGUAUUGAGAACCUUGAAAUAGACUUCGAAAUUUUAUUGAGAUGGACAUCGACUUUGACAGUGGCUUUGACUUUGACAUCGACCAUGGCAUCGCUAUCAUCAGUGACAUGGACAAUGAUAAGAAACCAGCCUUAACCUAAAAAAUGAAUAGUCCUUUACAUGGACACUGAUACAGAAACGAACGAGAAUACUUAAACUGACUUACUGACUGCGUGAAUCUGUCUUCUUACUAUCUUUAUAGCUGGUUGUGUGGUACACAGAGCCCUUGUGCAGAUAUUGGCCCAACCUUUCCCGGGAAUGCUGAGUAUUAUUUCAAGCUGGAAUUUUCAAACAGGUAAGCUGCAUCAAAGUCUGGUAUUUCGCCGCCUUUGCUUUUUGGUGUCAUUAGACGCCUCGGUUUGUUUUAAAUCAAGGAUGCGUCUAAUUUUUCUUGUCUCUAAUUUUUAGGAUCGUAGAUGCUGAUUCAUCAAACUGUGACUAUACUAUUCGAUUCCUGAUCCGAGUUCACGGCUUACCCCCAGGCUCACUCAACCCAUCAUCCCUUAUUGUGUUGGUAAGAAAUUCAAAGCAUGCGUUUCCCAGCUGCCCCAUCUCCUCUCCAUCUUCUUUCCUCUCCCCUUAGUAAGAAACUUGCAAAUUAUAGUUGUUGGGCUACUUAGAGUUGCAUACCAAAGUUUCCUCAUAUUUUAAAUCCUUUAGCAGUUUACGUUUUCCAUGUUUAGUACAACUAAAUCAGGUCUUCAACCAAAGAAAAGCAUACUAUAUACGUUAUAUAUUGAAACUGGGCGAUAUUACAGAAAAGAGAAUAAAUUAAUGAUCUUUCGCAUUUUAAUUCGCUGUGAGUUUUAGAUAAAGGCCUCACUCUCCUAUAAUCCCCUUGUCUACAGGCUAAGGAAUUCCUCAGCCCGGGGACCUAGCGUGUUAACGAUAAAACUUGACUGUUUUCCUGUGGUGUUUGUUUUUAUUGGACAUGGACAGUUAGUUACAUGUGACUCCUUUUUCCUUUUUUGCAGUCUUGUAUUGCAAUCCUGACCGUUCUCAUUUUAACCUUCUUUCUGCUGAAAAGACAGGACUCCAAGGUCUGGAGGCAUAUAAAGAGUGGGUUGUCUGUGGUACGUCACGUGCCCGGCCUCUGUAGGGCCGGGAUCUGUGGCAAAGUCAUUAGCAUGCGCAGGAACAAGAUAGACCAUUUGGAAGAUCAAGAUCAAGUUCAACUUCAAGUCAUUAAUCGAGGUAAUGUGCUUAUCCAAGAUGAGGGCCAUGCCAAUCUCUUUGGUUUGAUUGUUUUUCUUACUUCUGUUUUAUUUGUUCGUUUGUUUUGGUCUUGUUUUUAUUUUGUUUGUCUUGUUUUUUCUGUCUGUGCUUGUUGGUUUGUUUUUUGCGAGUUAGCUUGCAAAAACUGUGAUCCCUAAGUAACCCAUCGGAACAGUCACUUUCCGUGCUUAUGAUAAACUGAAGCCCGUUCAUUCUGUAGUUAAAGGACACUUUGACUUUAUUCCAAUAUGUUAACAGCCCUUUUUUUUUUUGUAUCUUCGGCAAUGAAAACAGAUUCUGAAUACACCACUGAAGCUCCCAUCGAAGUCAGUGGAAACAGACCUCAACAACUCCACACUACGAACGUUUAAGAAUCGAUUAUCCCUCUUUAGGGUUGAGGAGUAUUAUAAGCCACUAUAAAGCUGCUAUUUUGCCAGAUAUCUAGCACUUUCCAAUUUUUUGGUAUUUGUUGGAGCUUUUAUCUAGUUGUAAAUAAGUUCUUUCUUUUACAAAUUAUCUUGAUCAAAAGACGUUGUUCUUGCAAAUUCGAUUUGGCUAUCUCUUGAAAUCGAACAAAACUUAUGAAUAAGGGAUUUGUGGAAUGUUCUCUUAAGAUAAAACAGAACGGUUGUAGGAACACACUCCAAAGGUCUGCAAAACGAUAGUUUCACUAAACUGAACCAUUUUUAUUUUUUAACAUUCAGCAGUCAGCACCUUGAAAGCCAAACUUCAGAUUUAAACUUGCCAGUUUUUCCUUUUUGAUAUUGAUCCAUGGCAAGUUUAAGUACGAGUAAAAAUUAAUCAACAUUGUUAGAUUUUCGCUCGUUUUUAUCGAUACUAAUCAUUUAUUGGUCGUGGAUUGAUGCUAAAGGUUCUUGACAAUUUUCUUUGACAUACCUUUGCUCUUAGUAAUGAUCCCUGACUGAAUUCUGCGCAUAAUUUUGAUAAACAAUGUCUGCGGGAUUUCAGGUAGUAUUCCCAGCAAGAUACGAGCAGGAUUGCUACUGCUUUUUGUUAUCAAAGCCAUCCUCUUCGUUAGGUAGCUUUUUUUAUAAACUCUUUGACAGGGACGAACAAUGAGUGUGGCAAUGAUCUUGAGAGGUGUCCGCUGCAUACUGAUCUGUUUAAUGCGGACAAUAGAGCAAUGCAUACAUUCACGAGAGAGUUGUUUGAGAGGAAUCCGCUACCUUACUGAGCCUGCAUUCUCCAACAUGGCGUCUAAAGGGAGAGCCGUGGCACAUAAACUUCACGCUGUAACUCAGGUCAGAAGCUGCAUUGGCCGACCAUGGUGGGAAAAAAGAACCAUCAAGGCGCUUGGACUAGGAAAGUUACAUCAAACUGUGAUUCAAAAGAAUACAACCACGAUCAAUGGGACAUUACGAUCUGUCAAACAUCUACUCGAUAUAAAGCCGAUAACGAUUGUGAGCGAAGAAUUGCCCAAGGAACAGAGAAAUGGCGACGAAGGACUAUUUCUAAGACAAAACGGGCAGUUUCAUCUCAGAAAGUUUCAAAAAUUCCUCGAGGAUAACCCAAACAUGGAGGAGUUUAUCAGGAAGAGAAAGAAACAGCAAAUUUGGCAAAGGAGGAGACCAUGA